UGCUCGGAAAUCAUUAUCAGUUCUCAUAGCUGUCCGGAGUUCUGCAAGGAUGUGGAAGUCAGAAACAGUUUUAAAACAUUUAGACUCUGAGGAUGAGAGUGCCGGAUCUUCAGAGGAGGAACAAGACAUCCAGUGUGAAAUAUUGGAGAAGCAAUGCGAUGAAGCCAACCAGAAACUAUCUCAAAUGGAGGAAGCAUCCACUCAGCUGCUAAAGGAGAUAAACAUGUUGGAGAUUCAGUUUCAGAUUGAACGCUCGUGCAGAGAGAAUGCUGAGGCCUUUGCCUUAAAGGUGACGAAAGAGAACAUUUUAAAGAGAAAAAGUCAGGCUCUCCUGCCACUGAUCCCAGAAAUACCUGAAAACCUGGUUGCUCUAAACUUGGAUGUAGAAGAUGAAUCUGUUUCUGAUGCUUCAAUCGAAUUAGCAGAAGAGCCACUUUUCAAAAGUCAGGCUCAGAUCAGAGAGCUUCAGUCCUCUGUUGAUCAGCUCUUGGGAGAGAAGAUGCAGCUGUGUGAGCAGGUAGACGUUUUGAAAAAGGAAAGGGAUGAAGUGAAAGAACAGCUUGCGAUGGAGGUCCAGGAAAAAGAGGCCAUUUUGAGAAAAUUAUCUAAACAGAGUCGAACAGUAAACAAAAUAAAAAGAGUGUCCCAGCUUGUUACAGAAGAGUUUGCAGAGAUGUCACAGAAGCUGGAAAUAGAGCAGGGACUCAGGCAUCAUGCUGAACAGUUUGCACAUCAGGUGCUGGUGAAGCAGAAAGAAAGCCAAAGGCAGAGCUUGGCCCUGGUACAAAAUGAAGAGGUUGAUGCACAGCUUAAGCAAGCCCUUGAGCAGGUGGCUCAACUUAGCAAAGCACUGGAGGAGAUUCGACUGCAUCAUCAACACCAGAGGAGCCAGUCUCAGGCAGUGAUGGAGGAGUUUAAUGCUCUUACCGAGCUGCAGAUGGUCAGAGCUCAGCUAGAGACCAACUUGAAAGAGAAGAUAAAGAUAGAGAAUCAGUUGAGGGACUCACAAAACACAGUGACAGAACUACAGGAGGAAGUUAAGCAGCUUCAGGAUCUGCUGAAAAUGGCUAAAGAGAAUCCUUGCAAAGAAUCCGGCCUAUCAAAUGAAAAGAAGGUCAUGGCAGCUCCACUUUCCUCUUCAACUCUUCCUCCUCCACCUCCUCCGCCUCCGCCUCCUCCUCCUCCUCCACCACCACCACCUCCUCCUGUGCUCUCCACAAGUCCUGUUGACCCACUGGAUGCUUUGAGGAACAGAAAGAAGGUUGGAAACAAUGCCACUGACCCUAAGAAGCCACCACAGUCUAUUGAUAUGAAAGCCAGAGCAGUGGAUGAAAUGAUGACGAGAAUUAAGCAGGGGAUUGUACUAAAGCCCACCCAGAAACCCCCACAGACUAACUUGGAUGAAGACCCAUGGAAGGAUCAACGAAGUGAGAAGAGGAAGUCUGCUGUCCUUGAGUUGCAGGGAAUACUGGACACCAUAAAAAAACCAGCACCCAUCAGAAUUUUGUCAAGGAAGAAGAUUAGUCGUAAUGUAGGGGACGCGGAGCUUCAGAUGGUCUUGCAGCGAAGAAGACGGGCAAUUGGGGAUGAAAAAGGCACCCCACCCACUGCAGCAACAAAACCUCAGGAUCCGGCUCCUGCAUCCACAGACAAAGUCUCAGCAAACUGGCUAUCAGAGAGUGGGAAUACUCCUGUACUGCGAAGGGUGAAGCAGAACCAGGAAAAGAGAAACUCACGCAUCAGAGCAUCAGAAUGUGUCAUUUGGGAAGAGAAGUGAAAAUAAAGGCAGUUUUAUCUCUUGCCACCAUAUUGAUUAUAAUACACUGGUUACAUGAAAUUUGGAACCCGAAAUGAAGUUAACAGAAAAUUAAGUUUCAUGGAAUAUCCUUAAGAUUAUUUUUCUUUUAAGACUUCAAUGAAUGACACACUGAAAAUAAUUGUAUGAUUAUUUUUCAACAUUCAUUAUAUUCAUUAUUUGAAGGAAGAUUUCAUAGUUGUCAGCACAGUCACUAAUUACCAUUUUAUAAAAUGUAAAGAAACUAUUUAGCUUACAUUUGUAGGUAUUUAAAAUUGUUUGUAUCAGUUUUAUUAAUGUAUUAGAAACGUUCAAAGGCCCUUUUAGAAUAAUGAAAUAAAACAUUCUUCUUCUACAGAAUAUUUAGAAAUAGUUUGUUAUUUUUGUUUUUGUUAUUUAUUUUUACAUGCUAUAUUUGUGUGCUUUUAAAAGAAAUCAGUGAUUCUGUGAGGUGUCAUUACACUUUUUUCGUCUCUCUGUAUUCUCUGUGUGCGCGUUUUUAAAAGCGUCUAGUCGAGUUCAUUCAGGCAUCAAGAAGAUGGGAAAGGUGCUUUUUUCUCUCCACACAUCACACUGCUAUUCUUUGCUAAAAGCAUUUAAGUGGAAAGGAAUUAUUUGCACUGUAGUAGCUCUUGGCUUUCUGCUUUUAAACUCAAUUUAUUCAAUACAAGUUCUUUUCACCCCCUUGAGAAAGACCUUUAUCUAGCAAACAUUAUAAAGAAUUUAUAUCUCUCACUGGGAACUGUAAGGUGUCUGAUUUCUGUGUUUGUGUGUAUGUAGAGGGAGUAUCUAAGGUGUGGUUAUGGAUGUGUGAUUUAGAUGAGGUUGGCACAGUAAGUAGUGGAGGGAGAUGUUGCCGCCUCACAGCUACAGUCUGUAUUGAAUUUUUGUGCAUGUUUAUGUCUGUGUGGGUUUUAGCUCAGUGAAUAAAAAC